CGGGCAGUAUCGUGAGGAAGGAUUUUUUUGGAUUCAGUAUUUCUCCGUGGUAGUAACUGUGUGGUUAUAUUCCCAUUUCAACACAGUUCUACAUCUGUACUGAGUUGAAAAAAAACGUUACGUCCAAGUUAAUAUUCAAUCGAUAAAAAAUAAAUUGCAAUUUGCAGUCAUAUAUCUCCAAGGGAUAUAUUUUGUUUGUCGUAUGUCCAUCCAGAAUCUUAACACAUUCGACCCCUUUGCAGAUGCAAUCAAGGGUUCAGAUGAUGAUGUCCAAGACGGUCUCGUGCAUAUAAGAAUCCAGCAGCGGAAUGGUCGCAAGACCCUAACAACGGUACAAGGACUCUCUUCGGAAUAUGACUUGAAAAAAAUUGUGCGGGCAUGUAAAAAGGAGUUCGCCUGCAAUGGGACUGUAAUCGAGCACCCGGAGUACGGGGAGGUGCUACAGCUGCAGGGGGACCAGCGGGAAAAUAUAUGUCAGUGGUUAACCAAAUCAGGUCUGGCCAAACCUGACCAACUCAAGGUUCACGGUUUUUAAAUCAACGGUAAAAGUUAAUAAAAAAAGAAGGAGAAACAAGAGGAAGAACAACGCCUCCAAAAGUUGAGAAAGAAAAAUUCCAAUAUCCAAAUGCCACACAACCUUGAGAAAGUUCCACCGUCACGAGACACCUCUAUUCAUCAUUAAAUUUAUCUGUAAUCAGUUACAAACUACUUGUUGAUACUUCGUGGGAUAUACUCCUCCUCCAAUCUGCAUUAUAUACGCAUAUAUAUUUCAAUAAAAAAGAUUAUAAAAGCAUCAAGCGACAAAGAGGCGUAAAAGUGAAACAAAAGUAAACACGUUCACGUUAAUGAGUAAAAGAAGAAACUACAAGGGAACUAUUAUACAUUAUCACAUAGGCACAAUAUUUCUAAUCCGAGAAAAAUAAAAUUUUGUAAUAAUUAUAGUGAAAACAAUAGUUUACAGCCUUAUGUUAGAUAAUCUGCUGAACUUGAACACACUUGGAUUAAUAGUGUUAUUAGACAAAUUUUUGAGAUAAUUAUUGUACAAGAGGUAGAUACAGGUAGCGACGGAUGGAUCAACAGUAUCUUAUUAGAUAGUAUGUAUCUGGGCGCGAUUGAUGUGUUCAGAGAGUUUAACUGAUGAACCUAUAACAAUUUAAACAAAAAAACCGUAAAUUUUGCAAGAUAAAUUGAAUUGAAAACGAAGAAAAAACACGACGUAAUAAUGAACAAAAGUAAACGAAGAAAAAAAUGCAUUUUAACCUAGAUGAAUUCGUCAAACUUGUCUUAAAUACUUCUCUCAUUUGUAACUACCGCUUUGCAUUAAUUCUGACCGGCGAAAAUACAGAAAAACUACAGUAAUUGAUUAGAAUAAAUGAUAAAAGACAGCAAACUGAAUGUUUGUGCUUAAAUAACUCCAUAAUGAUAUCAAUUCUCCCAAACUUUUGUGCCUUUGAUUCCACGUUGUAUUAUUUAUCGAGUUAUAACAGAUGAAAUUUAAUAAAUGAUUUUCCCACAUCUUCACGUUAUGAAGUUCAUAGUGGUGAAUAAGCUACUUCUUUUGGUCUUCAAAUAUUCACAUUUUUUACCACUAUUGUCAUAUUGAAUUUGUUCAUGACUUUUACUUCUUUCAAAUUAUUCCAUUGAAUUGUGGCUCCUAGAAAUAAAUACAAGGCAACUCACUAGACUGAAAUAA